GGACUUGUAGAUAGCAGUACGGUUUCUAUACUUCGGUGCUCGCGACGAAUUGCGUCAGAAACGAUCCAGAUUUCUGACAGGUUUAUAAAGUUUAAGCCUUAUGAACGCGUGGCACUUGCUUGAAGUCAUCUGAAAAAUACAUCAACAUGUGACAGAUCUAUUCACACAAACCAGAGGUUGUACCAGUCCUUUACAACCCGUUCCUGAUACUCGGAGCGGCUGUCCUUUCGUGAUGGAGAGAUUUUCUAGCACCGACAAUGAUCUAAUCGAACAGGUGCCGCACUAUACUGUGGCUAUACUUGAUGACGGUUCAUUCGAAAGGCUUCGGCUCAUCGUCGAAUUGCCUGGUGUGGAGAGCUCAGCCGGCUUACACGUUGAGAUCGAAGGCAGCAGGGCAUUUGUCCACCUACCGGGCAAAUACCGCCUGGAUGUGCCUCUGGGGGUCACCGUCGCAGACACUGCCAUCACGUUGAAGUUUGUGAAGAACCGGCAGUACCUGAAGGCGGAGUACAAGGUGUUGGAACGGAGUGUCCCGGCCCCAAGCGCGGCGCCCCAAAGGCCCAAGCCUCCGCGGACGCCGUCGCCUCCUUUGACACAUGCUCAGUCCGGCGAUGCGUGCUCCCCGAGAACCACCCCCAAUGGCCUGCACAACUCUUUCAUGGCUGACGCUGUGAAGCUGCGCGAUGCUUGGAGGUCCAACGCUCAGGGUUCGAAAAGCCAUAAUGGGCCAGGGGCAGCCAAGCACAGCGGCCGCGCACGGCCGUCGGCGAGGUCUGGCAACGAUGGGGCUGCGGAGCAAGAGGAGCCUAGGCUGAACGGGCACAAGACUCCGCAGGCGAACGGCUGGCAGCGUGGGUUCCUGAACCGGACCUCCUCCAGCAAUGGCGACGAGGCCGAUGGCUCUGGCGCAGCCGCCAGAUACGCGGUGCCAAAACACAGCCAGGCCCACAGCAGCGGGGACAGCAGCAGUGAGCAAUGGGAGCCAGACGGACCUUCUGCAGCAGACCAGGAAGAAGCACGACCUGGCCGUGAAGAUGCUGGCAGCAAUCUGUACGAGACUGCCAAGCUGUUGUCAAAUCGGGAGGCCGCAGCGGAGUGCAUCAGCAAGGCAGAGGAGGCCUUGGCAGGAGCAGACUUUGACAAGGCGGAGAGGCUAUUCCAGAAGGCUGAGCGGCUGGCGCCCGACUUGUAUUCGGACGUGACGCAGACAGUGGAGCAGGAGAGGAUAGCUCACGAAGCCCAGAAAGCGGCAAAGAAGAGGGAGGAGCGCGAAGCAGCGAAGAGGAGGAAGCGGGAGGAAGAACGGAGGAAGAAAGAGGAGCAGCAGAAGAGGCAGAUGGAGGAGCAGCAGCAGGAGAGGGCGCAGGAGGAGCUGAGGAGGCGGCUGUCAGAGGAGCAGAAGAGGAAGGCGGACGCUGCGCGCGCAGCAGCCGCAGAGGAGGCAGCUCGCCGGCAGGGGAGGACAUCGUCCAGGGGGGAGUCAGAGGAUGACGAGGACCCCAUCUAUGAGGAGGACUACAACUGGGGCUACCUCCAGUUCGGCUACUACUUCAAGGUUUGCAUCAGCAUUCUGUACGCGCUCCUCGGCUACGUGCUGUGCAGGCUUGGAGCACCUGGGGCCGUCUACUGGAUGCAGAAAAAGCGCCAUGGCAGCAGACGGCAGCGCACUAGCAUCGGAUGCCUGGUUCUUGGUGCCUGGGCGCUGGCCAUCUACACACUGUUCGCAUACGGCCCCUUCUGCUUGCGGUGCAUCUGGAGUUGCUGGUGCUUCAUUUUCUGGCGACCGCCCCUCACGGCCGCCAUCAUCGAGACCUGCAUAUUUGGGCUGCUGUGCUGCAUCAUGCCGGGAUUGUCAUCGCUGAUAGGGGUGCCGAUGAUGUGGCACUGGGUGGGCGGCGGCUUCUCGGCGAUGCACGGCACCGUGGCCUGUUUCCUCUUCGUGGUCCACGUGGACGGCUGGCUGGAGGGAACUCCCCCGCUCGUGCGCAAAUUCUCCUUCGCAUACAGGCUGGCUAGCCCGCUGUUGUACGCGCGCGCGGUGCUGUCCCUGCGCGGCUGGCUCGAGCUGCUGGUCUUCUUGGGGAUUGAUGCCUGGGUCUACAGUGCCUUCACCAGUCCCAGCAGCGCCGAUGACGACACCGGCAUGGCGGCCGGGUCGGAGUCGUGCAGGCCGGAGGCGGUGCCCAAGGGGGCGGCCCCAGAGGUGGCGCGCGUGCUGCAGGCGUCCAGCUGGUAUGCUGUGCUGGAUGUGGCGCAGAGCGCGAGCACUGAGGAAGUCCGCAAGGCCCACAAGGCCAAGUCCCUGGUCACCCACCCCGACAAGCUCGGAGCCCAGAACAGCGGCGCCCACGAGGCCUCCGUCCGCGUCAAUACGGCGCGGGACGUGUUGGCGGAUGCACAGAAGCGAGCGGCGUACGAUGCAGAGCUGCGCGCGACGGCUGCGGCCUCGCUGAGGAAUGCACCGCCGCCGCAGUCGCCCCCGGGGCACAGCAGCGGCGACGCCCCGGGCUUCUUUACCGAAUUCAGCGGCCGCCGGGAGCCCUGCGGCCGCGCGUCAGAGCACAGCCACGACUGCGUCUGCAUGCCCUGCAAGGCCUGCUCCCAGUGGCACCACGUCUAUGUGACCACCCGCGCGCGCACGUCCGCCUACUGGUGCAACUCCUGCAGCAGGUCUCACCCCGGCAUCAACAAGCACGUUUGGAAGGAGACCACCUCUGCAGGCUUCUUCAGCACAGGCACCACAAAGGUGUAUCUGUACGCGCUAGGGCUGACACUGGACAUCACAGACAUCACGGACAGCUGCGAGUUCUGGAGCUGGCUGGCGCGCAAAGCCACCGGCCCCAGUUGCCUUAGCGCGCUGAAGUUCCAGGGCGAGCUGCCCAUUCGCGAGGAGUGCUUCGCUGCUUACAGGCAGCAGGAGGCCCCCGCCGACCCCCGCCGCAGCAACAACAAGCGCAAGGGCGGCCGCAGGAGGCGCUGA